AUGGGGGCGCCUUGGAACCAAGCUACUGUUUUCUACCACUUGCCAUCUAAAAAUUUGAAGGCUUGGGAAGAUUGUUUACCGCAUGUGGAGUUUGCGUAUAAUCGAGCUGUUCACUCAGCUACCAAACUUUCUCCUUUCAAAAUUGUUUAUGGUUUCAAUCUGUUAACACCACUUGAUUUGAUGCCAUUGCCUUCUAACCAACUCGUGCAUGUAGAUGGAAAACGCAAGGCUGAUUACAUCAAACAAUUGCACCAACGAGUUCGAGACAACAUUGAGGCUAAGACCAAGAAAUAUGAACAACAAGCUAACAAAGGCCGUAAGCGUGUUGUGUUCGAGCCGGGAGACUGGGUUUGGCUGCACAUGCGUAAGGAAAGAUUUCCUGCGCAAAGACGAUCUAAGCUCCUUCUGAGAGGAGAUGGACCAUUUCAAGAGAAUACAACGUUAGUGCAAGCUAAAAACGUUUCUGAUUUAUCUCCGUUUGAUGCAGAUUGCGAUUUGAGGACAAAUCGUUCUGAAGAGGAGGAGAAUGAUGUGAGCUCGCCUAUGAACAACGUAGAGCUCGAACAAGAAGCUAUCAAGCUGCCCAUUCGUCCGAUAAUGCGAGCUAGAGCUAAACAAUUCAAGGACGCUAUUUCAGCAAUGGUGGAACGAAUUAUGGAAAAUGAUACCAAAGAAUUCAAAAACGAGCUUAACAUGUUUAAUUUUUGGGAAGCUGAAUUUCGUUCCAGCUAA